AUGUCUACUCUCGCCCAAGAGCUUCCUCCAAUCAUGAUCAAUCUCGACCUUGAAGACUAUGAAGGACUGGCCGUCAUCCCGUGGUUCUCUUAUCGUGCGCAAGUGCCAGUGCGACCAUUCCCGGGCCUCGCAGAAAGGCCAGCGAUACAGACCGAGCGACUCACCAUUCGGCCCAUUGUGAUGGCCGACUUGGAGGCUUUCCACGCCCUGCGAAGUUGUCCACUGACUCAGAUCCACUCCCCCACGAGGGGUAGAACGGAUAAUGACAUUGAAGAAACGAGAGCACACAUAGAGUGGAUGGAAAGUCAUGAUCAAGAACACUACUAUUUCGGCGCCUUUUUGAAUUCAACAGGAGAACUCAUUGGGGAAGGUGGUCUUCCAAAAGUCGAACCUCCACGCUCCGGGUGGCCAGAGGCUGAGAUUCUCAUCAAACCAGAUUUCCGGAGACAGGGAUUUGGCACUGAAUUUUGGAAAGCAGUCACUAACUCCUGGUGGGAAUUGCCGCGAGAGAUGCAAAGACAUCAGUUACUGCCGCUCAUCGUCCCAGGUGUAGAGCCAGGAGAAGAGGUCCAGGAGGGGCUCGGAUUGGCCUGGGAGGAGAGUAAUGUGGCAGCACGCGAGUUCUUUGCCAAAGUUCUUAAACAAAACCCAGUGUCGGCGACAGGCAGCUUUGAAGAGUUUGACAGGCGGCCUGGAAGAGACCUCGAAUUAAUCCGAUGGAACGGUACGAUACAAGCAAAUCCAUUGCACACGGCUUGA